UACCAGCGGUGGCGGCAGCGGUAGAAAGGGGUCCAUCGAGGGGAACUAGUCUUACCUAGAUCAGCCGAGUCGCGGGCGUCAGAGGUAAAGAAGGAAGUUCAAGUGGUGAGAAAGAGAGGAACGAGCGAACGUGGAACGAGCCGAGAGCGGCGUUUCACGAGGAGAGGCUAAGAGAACCAAUAGAGUGAGAAGAGGAGAGAAGAGAAGCGACCGCCACCGCCACCGCCGCCACCGCCGCCGCCGCCGCCGCCACUAGUAUUGUGAUGGCUAUCGUUGCCGUGACUUCGAGGACCACGAGGUCCACGCGCAGCAUCCAAUUUCUUGAUGUACUUCGUCAUUGAUUUCUGUAUGGAUCGGAACAACAUUCCUUAACCAAGCACCAUUUGGGGAUCAAUAUUUGUCCACACUGUGCCUGUAAUUUUCACUGCCGUUUCUAUAGAAGUAACAGUUACGUCCGUAUGCCGCAUUAUAUUGUGCGGGAUAUACAAUGUGUCUUUUUUAUAUAAAACAGUAAAAACAACCAAGUACCUACGUAAGGACAUCAUUUUGAGAUUUCGGAGAUUCUUUCAAAGUGCAUCUGGUGUUCGUGAUCAUCUUCUCGGCUGGCACAUUCACACACGUACCUGCUGUCGGAUCGAGGAACUUCCUCUCGUAGACGAACCAAUUCUAAUGAGCAUCCGCAUCCGGUACGUUAAAUUAGACGUUAGAAAGAAUUUACUAUUCGAAUGAUUUCUCGGGAACUUUGUGGAAGGCGCGACACUCUGGAGCACUAGUAAAAUGCUAGAACGCUGAAAUGCUUUCGCGCUGUCUGGGGAACUCGUGGUGCUGUAUAAAUAACGUGCGACGACGAAAGUACAGUCUGUGGAAAGAGAGCAGCGGGUGCCGUGUUCCAUGGCUGAAGGAAUCAUCUCAUCACGAUGUUCUUGAACUUUAAUAUAUCAUAAAGGUGAAAUGCCAGGGAAGUAGAAGAAUGAACAACCAUCAGGUUUCUAUUCGCAUUGCCCUGCUAGAAAGGAUGCUGUCGAGUAUGUGGUAUUUGCUGAUCUUGCAAGCUGCCGCUGUCUACGCCUUCCCGGAAUUACAGCAACGACGACUUCCCCUAAGGGGAACAUACACUCAGCGGCUCUACGAUCACGAGCAUGAGAUCGUGACACCGCGAAAGGUUACGCCGGAAGGUGAGCACAUAUCACACAACGUGACUCAUCACCACGACGAGGAUGGCCCCGAGGUGCAUUAUCGAGUGGACAUUGCCGGAAGUGAGUAUCACCUCGAGCUGAUAGCGGCAGAUGACUUUAUCGGACCGGGAAUCCUCGUCGAGAGGCGGAAGCGAGAUCUUCACGUGAGACGUCGCCCGAAAGAUCGGUCAAGUAAAUGCCAUUAUCGAGGAUUCGUAAGAAGUCAACCUAAUUCACGAGUAGCCCUUUCCGCCUGCGACGGUCUGGCGGGUGUUCUUCACGGCAAAGAUGGGGAGUUCUGGCUGGAGGCAGUGACUACAGAAUCGGAAGAAUACAAUCAAGACGGAAGACGAAGUGGAGGCGACGGCGACGAGAAGUAUGCCAGACAAGGCGCCGCAACGCUUACGAGCAUGGCGGCAGCUGCGACGGCUCGCCCGCACCUUGUCUUUCGUCGCUCAGCCGCCGCCGAGAUUGGCGCCAGUCGCAAACGCAGGCGGAAAAAGAAGAAGAAACACGAGAAGAAUUGCGGCACUCGUGAGCCAAGGCGUCUGACGGAAACACAACUCGAGUGGCAAACUCAGUCUGGGCUGGUACAAGUUCAGGGUCGGGGCCGUCGGAAACAUCAUCAGCCAAGACGGUGGCAACGUUCCAGGCGUUUCAGGCGAUCGGUUAGUCGCGCGCGACACGUUGAGGCUCUCGUAGUGGCUGACAGCUCGAUGAUGGCCUUCCAUCAAGACGGCGAUGUGGAAGUUUACCUACUGACAAUCAUGAAUAUGGUCUCGUCGCUCUACCUUGAUCCGACUAUUGGCAAUUUCAUCAAUGUCGUCGUUGUCCGGAUAAUCCUCGUGGAGGAGGACGAAGUGGAGCAAGGACUGAACAUCACGAUAAACGCCGACAAGACGCUUUAUAAUUUUUGCAAGUGGCAAGAAAAAUUGAAUCCGGCUGAUGAUUCUCAUCCGAAUCAUCACGACGUGGCGAUUCUCGUUACGAGGGAGGAUAUCUGCUCGAGAGCGAACACACCGUGUAGCACCUUGGGCGUGGCCCACGUAGCCGGCAUGUGUCAACCGGACCGCAGCUGCAGUGUCAACGAGGACAACGGGAUUACCCUGGCACAUACCAUAACUCAUGAAUUAGGCCACAAUUUCGGCAUGUAUCACGACACUGAGAAAAUUGGAUGCAGCAAACGUGACGGCGAUACUCUUCACGUGAUGACUCCGACUUUUGAAGUGGAUACCGUGGGUGUUGCGUGGUCACGAUGUUCCCGGAGAGACAUUACGAAUUUCCUUGAUCAGGGUAAGGGAGAGUGCUUGGAAGACGAGCCAGUGGACAACGAAUAUAUGUAUCCGGACUUACCGCCAGGUGCAAUGUACAAUGCGGAACAUCAAUGCAGAUUGCAAUUUGGGGUGAAGGAAGCCACGGUCUGCUCUCCAUUGCAAGAGAUCUGCUCGAAACUGUGGUGCAUUGUGGACGGGUCCUGCACGACAAUGUUGCAUCCCGCGGCGCCAGGAACGUAUUGCGGUAAACAUAUGUGGUGCCAAAAUCAAAAAUGCGUAUCGAUGGCCGAUCGACCCGAUCCCAUUGAUGGUGGAUGGGGCGAGUGGGGGGCCUGGAGCGAAUGUUCCAGGACCUGUGGCGCCGGCGUCUCCGUAGUUGAGAGGAAAUGCGAUCAUCCGCAACCGGCACACGAAGGAAAAUUUUGCAUUGGGGAAAGGCGUCGCUAUAAAAUCUGUAAUACCGAUCCCUGUCCCGAGGGAGCACCUUCCUUUAGAAGCAUACAGUGCAGUAAUUACAACGGCAAGGAAUAUAAGGGCAAAAACUACACCUGGCUUCCCUAUUUCGAACAGACUGAGCCGUGCGAACUCUAUUGUACCGACACUGAGGAGAGUGUGAUCGUUCCGUGGGGAGAAGCUGCGCUCGAUGGAACGCCUUGUAAUGUCGGUACCAGAGAUAUGUGCAUUGCAGGGAUAUGCAGGAAGGUCGGAUGCGAUUGGACCGUUGAUUCGGAUGCGAGCGAAGAUCGUUGUGGAAUUUGUCAUGGCGAUGGCACUCAAUGUGAGACCACUGCCGGCCUCUACAAGAAGAACGAGGGUCCCGGAUACAAGGAGGUUGUCGUUAUCCCCAGUGGAUCCAGGAACAUUAAAAUCGAGGAAGUUGGAAACAGCAAGAACUAUAUCGGGAUCGGUGUUCCUAGCUCCGAGAAGUACUUCCUCAAUGGAAAACGGCAGAUCACCUUAGCGGGCGAGUACGAAGUCGCGGGAACGCCGGCACUCUACGAGCGCGAACGAGACAAGGAAAAGGUUCGCAUACCAGGCCCAAUCAAGGAGGAUAUCGCCGUCUACUUGAUUUACAGAGGGCAUUAUCGUAACUUUGGAUUGCGUUACGAGUAUACUGUUCCGAAGAAGGAACCAGAUCGUGCUCCCGAAUACUCCUGGGUACUUUCCGACUGGUCAUUGUGUACCGUAACAUGCGGGGGUGGUACCCAGAUAUCCCAAGCCAUGUGCCACGAACGAAAGAGCGGCGUCGUCGAGGAUACAUUUUGCUUUGGUACCGAUAAGCCUGAGCCGAUAAUGCGAGAGUGUAAUAGCAAUCCAUGUCCUGCAAGAUGGUGGAUUGGUCCUUGGCAGAUGUGUCCUGUAAGCUGUGGCGAAGGCGCCUUAAGAAAGAGGUCGGUAAUGUGCGUAUCCUCCGGAAACGGGAACGAGAGGUCAGAACUAGCAUUGCCUGAUCGCGAUUGCGACAAAGAUGCAAAACCCGAAGAACUAGGAUUCUGUCCAAAUCUUCCCAAGUGCGAGCCGGUCUCGGACAUGCCCCUAAUUCUUCUAACCGAGAACAAGGACACGUCCUUUUACAAUGUGACGGAUAACGACCCAGACAGGAUUACCGAAGAACCGGAAAUUCUUGGGUUCGACAAUUUGCUCGAUGGAAAUCCUGAUGCGUCGAUCUACAAUACGAGAGCGAAAUGGCUCGUUUCUAAAUGGAGCAACUGCAUCGAUGGCAGAAGAAUCAGAACAGUUUCUUGUUCCAUUGUGGGAGAUUGCGAUCCUGAUAGGAAACCUACAUCGAACGAGGAGUGUCAUGGCGGCAAGUGGAUAUCCAGCAAGUGGAGUGCUUGUAAUGCCACGUGUCUCGUGAAAUCCGGUCUAAAACGGCGAGAGGUCAUUUGUCGCGACAGAGCGACGAAUCUCUCCUCGAAGGAUUGCAAUCUCGAAAGACGACCGCUUGACACGAGACGCUGUCAUUUGAGACGACAGUGCACAGAGGAGAAGUAUGGAUGCAAGGAUAGCAUGAUUCCCGUCUCAAUGUGUGCGCCGUACAAGCGAAUGUGUGACUUAUCUUCUAAUUUAAAAAAGAAAUGUUGUGCCACGUGCUCCAAGAGACGACGACACGUUCGUCACGACCAACGACAACAUAUUUACGAAAAUUAACAAAUUAAGAAUUCUAAAGUAUGUAUCCGUUAGGCUGCGUUGGCUCGAUCAUCGUUUGGCAUUGCGAUGCAUCUAGCACAACGUGACAUUCUUGCUCAGGGAAUUUAGGCGACGAUUUUCAUAGAAGUUGGACUCUGGACUCGUAGUCAGUGGCGCCCUAUUCACGUCGAAAUACGUAACACGUAGUUCUGUCGCUGAAGAUCAGACGAACGCGCUUAGCGCUUACCGACUAUAUUUUACGAUUUAGACGAAACUACGCGCCUUCGUAUUUACGUAACGUGUUUUCAAGAUACGUGCCAAAAGUCUAAUCCCUCGCGACGUAUCUCUUAGUCGAAUAAUUAGUUAGGUCUUUUUACGAGACGACCGAUUUGCGCCGCACGAAUAUUAAAAGCACUAGCCAAAAAUUUAUUAAACGACCAAGAUUUUACCAUACUUCAUUUUGACUGGUCUGACCGUGAAUAAUCGCGUUUGUGAGUUGGGUUCUAUUCAAAUGAGAAAGAAUGAGUUUUCUCCUUUCGACGAGUAGUGCACUUUCCAAGUAACAUUUGAAUGCCGUUCUAACAGUAAUAUUCUUCCAUCGGCAUUGCUGCGCAGAAAAUGCUUAUGUUACUUUACUAACGAUCGGCAUUAGAUCAAGAUUAAUGCUCGUAGGUUAUAUCGUGCAACAACUAAUAUUUAGUAAGGUGUAAAUCGUUUAAGAAUGAAUCGUCACGAUUAAAAAUAUUAUCGAUUGCAAUGUGAGAGAGCUUUAACGAUUCAAAGGGCUUCAAUAAUCGUGCCCAAUUUUACCUUUAUUCCCUACGUCUUUUCAGCAGUAAUAUUUUUAUAUCGCUCGCCGACUCACCUAGGCUAUGUAUUACAAAUUACUAAAGCAGAAGAUUCUCCGCGGUUGAAGUAAUAUUAAACGUUUGAAAAUCAUUGCAGUGUUGCAGCGGUGUUCAAGUUUUCAGCACAUCGCCAAAUUGCAUGGUCACGCACGACCCUAAUUUUUAUAUUCGUUUAUGGAUAAGCUCAGGACUGUACAAAUUCAGGAUGUACGCUUCUACGUUAAUUGACGUAUUUUCUGUCAAUAAACGAAUCUAACUAAUUAA